AUGGAACAUUCGCUUAUUCCGCCCCCGCUAGAGGGAUACGUCCUUGACGAUGCCGAGGAGUGGGAGUACUUUGGAGAGGGAGCCGCAAACGUGCUCUACCGAUACAUUGGAGCUGAUCCGUUCUUCGGCCCCUAUCUCCUCCGUCUACGAAAACGCCUUCCUGGUGCCCCCACAACUCAGCAAUUAUAUGCGGACCUGCACUCCCGCUGGGGCCCACUGCUGGAUAACUGCCUUUUAAAGACCGAGAUUGUCAAACUGGGUAUUAACAUAAUCCCCGACCUGAACAGCAUGUUUGCCAUGGGCGACGGGGAGGAGGCAACAGACUGGUCCGGCCGUCCGAUCAAGCCGCCGAAGCAACGGCGAUUGCUGGACGAUACUGAGUCGUGGGGGUUGAUCGUGGAGGACAUGAGUUGCGGGAACUACCUGUACAACGAGAUGGAGACGCAACUGGAUUCUAUGCAGGAGGGUGAGGAGAUAGAUGACGGGCGGGACGAGGGAAGCGAUGAGUGGAAGGACAUGGCUAUGAUUGAGUUUAAGCCGAAAUGGCUCGCGCAGUCACCAAAUGCUCCGGCGAAUUGGCUGCUCUGUCGGACGUGCGCUGUGAGACUUAUGCAGUCUGCCAAGAGACAGACUAAUGAUUUAUUGUGCGUACCAGGGGAAGAGGGCCACGAUUUGGAAGAGGAAGCGCUGGACUUUUGUCCACUAGAUUUAUCCUCCGGCGACCCGACACGCAUCGAGAAAGCCACUUUCGCAAUUCUUAACAUGGAGAACUCAGUCAUGAUAGCUGAUCCCACGCCCACAUCGGACGACGAGGGCGACAGCGACACUCCAACUCCACCAACCCUAAACCAGAGACUCGCAAAGUGCCUAGAAAACUCCCUCGUCACGCUAUUGACAAACUUCUUCAGAACAUCCCCAAUCAUCCCCCUCCUCACAGCGUUACAAUCCCGCUUCGGCUCCCGCGGCGUGUUCACGUCCGCCACACUAGCCCUAAUGGGCGAGAAAGACGUCCUCCCGUCGGAAGACGAGAUCCGCAGAACUUGCCUGGCCACUGGUGAGAAGUAUGAACCGGCCGUCUCAGAUGAAGACGACAUCUGGACCGCGAUGACGCUCCGCGACUGCAGUCUAUUCUUGAAAGUGUGGGUGCGCAAGCGUCGGGGAAGAGGCAUGGAAGCCAAGAUCGACGCCAAAGUGGGCGAUUUGGAUGUGAAAGGUGGGGAGGGUGGACGGGCGGUAUACUGGCGGGAUGUAGAGAGACGGUUGAGAAUGGGAGGGUGGUAUAGUGGGAAGGGGGGCACGAGGAAUUGUAGGACUGGGCAGGAGUAG